AUGAAUGGCGUACCCUCUCCCAAGCGGAAGACGCGAAACUUUAAGGGUCUUUUGCUAAAAGACACCUCUGUGUCCCAGGCCGAGCGCGUGUCGCCCCUGGAUGAAGCAGGCCGUAGUUUUACGCGCCUCAUGCGCCCGCUGGGUGACUCGAAGGACAGCGCGACCUACGACAAUCUGGCAGGCGUUGCACUGGGGCCACGGGCGUCCUCUCGCCUCGAACUGCCAGAGUGGUUUUCUCCGAAGCUUCGGCAACCCCACAUCUCGCCGCCAAGGUCGAAUGGAUCCGGAGCGACACAGGGCGCUUCGGAGCCCGGUCCGAAUUAUGCGCAGGCCGACGGGCAGGCCGUACCCAGUCUGUCGUCUGCGCCACUGUCAAACCGGAGUGCGGAGCUGUCCCAGCGCAUCAAUGGCAUGCGGCUCCACAGCGACGACGACGCGUCGCAGCGGCUGGAGCUUAAGAACAGUAAUCUCCGCACGGUCUGCGAGCUGGGCGCCGGCAACGGCGGAACGGUGACCAAAGUCGUGCACAUUCCCACUGGUAUCACCAUGGCAAAAAAGGUCGUCUUCAUUGAUGCCAAACCCGAGGUGCGCAAGCAGAUUUUGCGCGAACUCCAGAUUCUGCACGAGUGCCAGUCGAAUUACAUCGUGAGCUUCUAUGGAGCGUGCCUCAGCGACAUUCACAUUUACAUGUGCAUGGAGUACAUGGAUGUAGGGUCGCUCGACUCUAUAUAUACCAAACACGGUCCGAUUGAUGCAGACGUCUGCGGCAAGAUUGUGGUGACCGUCGUGCACGGUCUUUCGUACCUGUACGAGGUGCACCGCAUCAUCCACCGAGACGUCAAGCCGAGCAAUAUUCUCGUGAACAAGCACGGCCAGAUGAAGCUGUGCGACUUUGGCGUAUCGGGCGAGCUGAUCAACUCGAUUGCGGAUACCUUUGUCGGCACGAGCACCUAUAUGAGUCCCGAACGGAUCCAAGGCGAUCAGUAUAGUAUCAAGUCGGACGUGUGGUCGCUUGGAAUUACCAUGAUCGAGCUGGCGCACGGGUGUUUCCCGUUUGCACUCGACAGCGAAGACACCCUGCACGCGCCCGAACAUUCGACGACGACCGCGGCAAGCCUAGGCGGCGCCCCGGCGUCGCGCCCUGCCCCCCAGCGCCAAGCACAACCAAUGAGCAUCUUGGAGCUGCUACAGCAUAUUGUAUACGAACCUCCUCCACGGCUGAGCGCCGACAUGCAUUUCCCCGCGUCUAUGGUUCGGUUUGUGGACUUAUGCCUAAGUAAGGACCCUACAGUACGCCCCAACCCCAUGGACUUGCGGAGUCACGAGUUUGUGCGCCAAUCCGAGGCCAGUCCCAUCGACCUGUCGGCGUGGGCUGCCAAGGCCAUGGUAGCACUCCAUGACUUUGAUCCGAGUGUUUCUCUCGGCUGCGUCCGCCUCGUGACCGGACAGAUCGUUCAGCGAUACCUGCACGACGCGUCGGGAUGGAGCGAUGUCGCGGUCAACGACCAGCGCGGGUGGGUCCCGACUAGCUUUUUGAUGGGCUUGGACGAGUGGAACGAACGGAACGCGGCAUUUGGCCACCCGACUUCGCUCGCAACUGACAAGUACGUGCGCUUACAGGACGCGCCCGCACCACCCUCUGCCGAGGACGCGGCGCUGCCGCUGCACGGCCCGGUGGCCCCCCUUUACAUUCCCACGGCGUGCUCCGCGAUGCUGGAUUCGUGUGUGCACACUGCACAGGCGCUCUAUCAGGCGCUCUGUGCACAACAGCCGACGCGGACAGCGGCCCAGGCCUUUGUCACAUCGGUCCGCUCCCUUUUGUAUGAUCUCGAAUACGUGCAUCAGGCCAUGUCACCCAGGAAUAUACGGGAACGCGACUCGCUCUUGAUGCGUACCGGUGCAGUGGCUGCUUUUGUCGACGUGACCGAGGCAACACCGCCUUGCGCCGGCCUCCUCGUGGCCGUGGACGAGCUGAACGGAUUGCUGUGCUCGAUUGCCAAGUUUGUGUGCGCCGUGAGCCGCGCCAACUCACACUGCGAUUACGAGGCAGAAAGCAAUGCGGUCGACUCGGGUGAAACAUCGCGUGCGUCGUCACUGCUAGACGAGCUCUCGCUGAAUGAUACCAGCUCGAGUCUACGCAACUCGUCCGACUCGACCAAGGAACCUUCCUCCAUCGAGACCCCGCCCCCGAUCGGUGCUGUGGCUGUGUCCGAGGCACGCGACACGCCGGAACGCGUGUCCGACGUACUCGUACUGAGUCCUGCCCAGGUCCUUGCCACGGCGCGCGCAGCAUACGACCAGCUGGCGUCGGUCACCGCCGCGUUCCUCGGUCAAGUGCACAUGUUUGAAGACUUUAUGCUGCUCUCUGCUUUCCAGCGCCUGCUGGACAUGGGUCUUGAGCUGCUGUUGAGUUCACGCAGCCUCAUGGCCCUCGUCGAGUCGCUCGGCCCGCACCUCGACGAGGAGUGGGUGCCGGCGCGCGUCGCGCGGGAGUACAUCGACUGCCUGUCGCAGCUCGCCGAGUCGGUCUCCAACUUUGCAAAGGCCAACAAGCUGAGCGCCGAGGGCCAGCAUGCGGUACUCAAUGCGCGCGGAACGCAACUCAAGAAGCAGCUUAUCCACGUUUCCAACAUGCCCCUCUGCACCUCGACCAAGGUUAUGCGCUCGAUGUCUACUCUGCUGGAGCGUGCGCCGAGUUCGCUUGCAUUGCGCGUGUAUGGCCCGCCGCAAUCGAUACAGGCGCUGCAGAAGCUAUGCAAAGAGCGUGCGACGCCGGUGCGCAACGCAUCUGCUCCUGUUGCAGCCAAGCCUGCGCCGAUCAACGUGCUGUGCGAGCCCAAACGCACCGCAUCGCCCCAGGAGAUGGAGGGCGUGUCGCCCAAGACGACUGGGGUUCUCGCGACGCACGGCGCGUUGACCGACUCGGUGGUCCCGAUCCGGCGCCCCAGCUUUGAUGCACCUCUCACCGAGUCGUUUUGCAGUGACGACAGUCCCUCUUUGCGCGUGGCGGCGUCUGAGGCGCAGUCGCCUGCGCCGUCGGACGAUCUCUUGCGCAACGCCAAGAACGACGUGGUUGGCGGCACGCUCCCUGCGCUCGUGCGCUGGCUCUGUGAAGAGGACCGCAGCGCGCACAGCCUGCCGGUGCGCGCAUUCUUUUUGAAUUUCCGCUUCUUUACGUACGCCGAGGCGCUUGUCGAGACGAUUUUGAGCGUGUACCACGACCCGGUCGACUGGCACAUGCAGCUGCAUGCGGUGCAUUUUGCCUUUGCCUGGCUCAAGCACUACUGGCUGGCGCUCGACGACAGCUGUGCGCUGCGUGCGCUUUGCGACUUUGUGCAGCAAGAGCACGAUGUGCGCGUGCAGCCAUCGGUCGAUGUGCUUUCGUCGCUGAUCCGCUGGCGCCUGCGUCUUGGCCAUGGCGUGCAGUUUGUCCAGCUGCAACUGGAACCCGGGCCCGAGGGCCCCGAGAUCCAGAGCGUGCUGCUGAUGCCGAGUGGCGAGCGCCUGCGUCUCGGCCUGGCCGGCAACGAAAACGUUGAAGACAAGGUCCCCCUGACGGACGGGAGUCCGAUCUACGCAAGCACGGCCGGAAGCCGCUCGCGCAGCCGCACGCCCAACCUGUCUAAAACGCUACUUUCUGCGCUGGACUCGUCUGACAUUUACCAUGUGUCUGUGCUGGAUCUGGAUCCGAUGGACCUUGCCCAGCAGAUUACGAUUGUCGAGUCGCGUCUCUUUUCGUCGAUCAUGCCGAAUGAGCUGCUGUUUAGGAACCAGUGCUACAUGACGUCGCACACCACGACCUCCAUGUCGUCUGCGAUCCACAGCCGUGUGAUGUCGACGCUCACCACCCAGAUCACCAACUGGAUCGGUGAAUGUAUUUUGCGCGAGACGGAGCUCAAGCGCCGCGUCUCGAUCCUCAAGUACUUCGUGCGACUCGGCAGCGCGGCCCUCGAGCUGCAGAACUACAAUCUGCUGAUGGCCGUGCAAGGCGCGCUGAACUCGUCGACCAUUCUCCGUCUGAAGCGGACGUGGGCGGGCCUCUCGUCCAAGGCCCUUGCCGCGUUUGAAGAGCAGCGUGUGGUGAUGGAACACACACGCAACUUUGCUACGUAUCGCGCGCGCCUCCGCACCGCCCAAGGCCCCGUCCUUCCCUUUUUGGGCCUUGUCUUGACCGACGUCACGUUCUGCGUCGGCGGCAACCCCAAGACGCGCACGGGCUCUAAUGGCACAUCACUCAUCAACUUUGCGCGCUGCACGAAGCUGGCCAGUAUUCUUGGCGAAGUACAGCGUUUCCAGGCCCAUCCUUUUGACCUCGUCGAGGUGCCCGAAAUCCAAUGCUUCCUCACGAAGCUACGCAACGUGUCGGCGCUGUCGGGCAGCUCGGAAAACUAUGCCGCUGCCGCCGAGCAGCUAUACCAGCGCAGCUUGCAGCUUGAGCCCCGCGAAAACGGCACGCCGAUGACGCGGCAGCGCAGCAACUCGAUUGUGCCACUCCCCUGGAACGGCGCGCGGCGCAACUCGAGUGAAGCCCUUUCCACGCACUCCUCCAAGAGCGCCGACUCGAAGCCGAGCCGGCUCGAGAUGUUGAUCAAGCGCUGGUAG